AUGUCGACUGCAAAUGGAAGCCCCCAAAGUCCGCAGAGUAGUCCGGGAACCAAAGCCCCGAGAGGCCUUAUGAACUGCAAGCCAUGCCAGAUCCGCAAGAUCAAGUGUGACAGAGCUUUGCCUGUUUGCGGAGUAUGCCACUUAUAUCAACGAUCUUGUUUCUACGACGGAGUGCCGAAAAAAAGAGGCCCGAAGAAAGAAUCCUUAAGUGCCUUGAUCAAAAGGAUUGAUGGCCUUGAGGAGCUUCUCAAGUCCGAAAAGACACCAACCCCGCCUGGGUCAGACACACUUGCCGCGGACUACAACGAGCUGCGCUCGUACAGAAGUGGAACUUGUGAACCUAGUGGCACCACUUCAUCCGACACCAGCCCAGUCAGUUUACUGAGAGGAGGAAACUUUGAAAUAAAUUCCGAGUUUUCUGCAACUCUAAACGCAGAAGGGUUGGUAGACAUUUAUUUCAACAACUUCCACUGCAAUCCUUAUGAGAUUCUUGAUGAAUCAGCCACUAGGCAAAGAUUAAAUACAAAUCAGCUCCCCAAGUCAGUUCUAUAUGCUAUUUGUGCGGUAGCCACUGGCUUUUCAGAAGGCUCUGGCAAAGUUCCUAGCAGCCAUGUCACAGCGGAGACUUAUACUGCUUGGUCCCAAAAAGAGAUCGACCCUUACGAGGUCUCGAUUGACUCCUGCCAAGCUUUACUGCUGUUAGUGACGGCUUAUACAGCGAUGGGAAAUGGGAAGAAAGCGCAUUUUAUCAUGUCCCAAGCAGUCGGCAUGGUCAUGGCACUGGAGCUAUACUCUCAGACAGAUAACCACGAGAAUCAGAUUCAACAUGUGGAUGAGACAAGAAGAAAGGUUUUCUGGACCUGUUAUAUCAUCAACACUUUUGUUUCAACGUGGCUUGAGCGUCCUUCAUUGAUGGAUGACUCUUUCAUCAAGGCCGACAUUUUAUUAUCCAGGCAACCAGGCCAGAACGGCUUCAUGCAAACCGGAGACAUCGGUCAAAACCCUAAUAUUCAUCCUCAGAAGGCCUCUGGGAUUUCCAAAAGAAGAGUGCAUGGCCUUCAGAGCCUGGUUUGGGUCACACAAAUACUGUCAGAAGCAAACAGAUACCUUCUGCUUAGCGAUGCCACAUCGCAAGCUGCGUAUUGCCGUCGACACAAGAUUCUGCAUGACCUGGAUCUAUGGGCAUCGGAUGCUAGCAACAGCGCAAAAACAUCGGAUCAAGUAUUGGAUGGCCCGGGCGACAAUGCUUCUUUCAUUUGUCGACUAGUUUUUCAUCUCAUCCAUUGCCUCAUUCAUCGUCCCAUUCUACCGUUACGCUUGAGCGAAUCAUCUGGAAUAAAGAUGAUACAACAUUGGGUCGUUGAAGCAACAGAGACAGCCUUCCGACAUGCUACAGCAAUUGUUGAGCUUGUGGGACAGGUAAGGGAAACCAGCGACUUGCCAAUGCCGCCCCUAGUCGGUUUCUGCAUUUUCACGGCGGCAACGAUACUCAAUCAUGGUGUAUACUAUGCUGAGGAGCAAAACCCACAGGGGCUUGGUGUUUGUUUAGCGUCAUUUGCUGGUUCCCCAAUGUCGCCAAGUCAUUUUACGUCGUCUCCGGACCUUUUCAGCCGUUGCUUAAACGAGCUGUCAUUGCUCAGCGAGAAUUUUGUUUCGGCACGGUUAUUCAGAGUUAGGCUCGAAGAACUCAAAGCUGAGCACAUUGGGCUCUUGAAAGGGACUUUGGCUGGUUUAUCUCCCAAUCAUUCCAACAGGUUCUUUCGGAAAUACUCUGCAACACUUUUGCAAAUGAUUCAGGGGUUUCACAUCGAAGAAACGCAUGUCAGCAACCCUAAAUCAGCUCUCACGCAAUCACCGGUAUCAAUGACACAUGACGACAGCAUUCUGAAAGAAAAGGAUUCCACAAUGGUGUGGAAUACGAAUCAAAUACACCACAGUGGCAAACUACCGUUCAUCAACACCCGGCCUAGCAUGGGGCUCGCAAGCUCACACCACAACGGCCAUCAAAGGUCUUUUUCGGAUAGCCUACCUUUAAGUCAAUCAUAUGCAUUUGAUACAACAAGCCCUUUGAUGCAAAGGCCAUCCCUAGUAUGGCCAAGCUUCCAGGACGAUACCCCCAGGCAAGGGCCAACCCACAGCUCUCCAAUGUUGGAUUCAUCAAUUCACUUGACCUCCCCUAUAUUCCAGGAAGGAAAGGGAAUAGGGAGUGUACAGAGGAGUUGGGAUAACGUGAGAGACUUUUCUGGCGACGGAGGGCUUCCAUACCAGGUUCUUUCGGGUCCUGUGGCAGCAGCUGGUUCUGAGUACCAGCAAAAUGAUGGACUGGGGAACUCAUUUGUACCAUUUCAUAACUUCUCUGUAUCAUAG